UAAAAAUGAUAUAGAAAUACCUAAUUUUGUUUUCCCUCUACCCCGGUUCUCCCUAUCCCCUCCCCUCGCCGGCGGCGCGCAGAUCGCGACUGCACCCUCGUCGACGAUCACCUCUGUCGAACCCUAGCAUCCACGUUAAGUUGCUUGUAGGGGCUGUCCUUCCCGUGCCGUCUCGAGCGAUUCUCCCUCGUCGCCCCAAGCCUCCGUCUUCUUCUCCAGCGGCGUCCGCUCCACGCCUCCGGCGAAGUCGUGGGUGCGGGGGGCUUCCGGCGUCCAUGGUCGACAUCGACGAGUGCUCGGUGGCGCUCGUGCCCGAGCUCGAGCAUGCGCUGGCGAACCCGGACCCCUCCUCUAUCUCCCCGGACGCAUGGGCGCCUUUCGAGGCCGCCGCGCUCGGUGUCGUGGGCCGGAUCCAGCCAACCGUCGCUUCGGAGGGGCGCCGCGCGGCCGUUGUCGACUACGUCCAACGCCUCGUCAAGUGUUCCGUCGGCUGCUCGGUCUUCCCAUUUGGAUCCGUUCCACUGAAAACAUAUCUUCCUGAUGGAGAUAUUGACUUGGCUGCUUUCGGUUCUACAUGUUCUGAUGAAAGCAUAGCAAAUGAGGUACGUGCCAUUCUGGAAUCAGAAGAGCGGCGCAAAGAUGCUGAGUUUGAAAUCAAAGAUGUCCAGUAUAUAAAUGCUGAGGUCAAGCUAGUCAAAUGCUUUGUCCAAAAUAUUGUUGUCGACAUCUCAUUUAAUCAGAUUGGUGGACUAUAUACGCUUUGUUUUCUAGAGCAGGUGGAUCAGAGAUUUGAAAAAAACCACCUUUUCAAGAGAAGUAUAGUGCUUAUAAAAGCCUGGUGUUAUUAUGAAAGCCGCAUCCUUGGAGCGCACCAUGGUCUAAUUUCUACUUAUGCCUUGGAGACAUUAGUGCUAUAUAUCUUCCAUCUCUUCCAUGAGUCAUUGGAUGGUCCAUUAGCUGUACUCUAUAGAUUUCUGGACUAUUAUAGCAAGUUUGACUGGGAUAACAGGGGUAUAAGCUUACAUGGCCCUAUUUCCUUGUCUUCCCUACCUGACUUAGUUACCGACCCACCAGGCAUUCAUGAUGAUUGCUUUCUUGAACGGGAGGAGUUCCUAAGAGAAUGUGCUCAAAUGUUCACUGUCCCCCCUAGGCACUAUGAGAGAACUACACGCCCGUUCCCUCGAAAAUUUCUCAACAUAGUGGAUCCAUUGAAGCCGAGUAACAAUCUUGGGCGUAGUGUCAGCAAAGGUAACUUUUACAGAAUACGCAGUGCUUUUGAUCUUGGUGCCCGGAAGCUUGGAAAAAUCCUUCAAGUUCCUGCCAAUUCUAUUGUGGAUGAAGUCAAUCAGUUCUUCAGGAGCACACUGAAGAGAAACCGCAGCAGGGUACGCCCAGAUGUGCAAGGCACUGCAGUGAACUUGAAUAUUGAAAGAGACAACAAGGGCUGUUCACCUGUACACAGUAAUUCCUGUGAGGAUCUGUCUUAUCAGCUCAGUAGCAUCAACAUUUCAGAUAAUCAUGGAUCUCUGAAGCAGGAGGAACAUAGCUCUAGCGCUGAGCACCAGGAAAUGAAAUCUGCUUCACAUCUUGUAACUAGUUCUUUAGACGGUGAUGGGUGUGCCACCAUUGACAUUUUAUCAGAUCUCACAGGGGAUUACAGAACAAAUUUUAAUAAUCUCCUCUAUUCACAGGGUUGCCACCAAGACUAUCCAGUUCAUCCAAUUUACUAUCCAAUGCUUGCCCCACCACCUUUACAAUAUCAGAACAAACACUCACUGAAUGGUCAUAACAGAAAAAAUGCUUAUGGAUAUGCCGGUGCAAACAGAAUGCCCCCUGGUCCUUAUUCACCUAGUUACUUUGUCUUAAAGCCGUUUUAUCGUACUGAGGAUCCUAUGCAACCUCAUGGAGCAGUCACCUACUUCCCCAACCCAAAUUUAUGCACGGAGGCACCACCCACUGGACGAGGGGAAAGAAAGAAUUAUUUCCCUCGGAAUAAUUAUCAAAAGCAUUACCACUAUGGUAGGGUGGACAUGCCUGCAGAUAUGCCACGUUCUGAGGAAUUGAGGCAACAGCCACCGUUGCAGGUCUAUGUUCCUGUUGCAAAUGAUAAAGGAAUUCCCUCUCCAUUGAAGAUACCAACUCCAUUAUCCAAUUCUACACGGGAUAAUAUUCAUGGAAGGGGGUUUAUUCAUCCGCAUGACAGUAAACUCGAGUUUGGGACCUUGGGGUCAUUGCACAUGGAAGUUCGGAGUGCUUCCCAAAAUCAAGCUAACAGAAUAUAUUCUGCUUCUGACAGUAAACCUUGUGCAACCCUGAGACCGAACUCUCCUGCACAAAAUCCUGGAACGGGUUAUAAACCUAAUGUAGUGAGCAAUGACUAUUGAGGCACACCGCACACCACAAUUAUUAGUUUCUUAAACAGAAAUUAAGGAAUACUAAGCCAUAUCAUCUCAAGGACAAUGGUGAUUUCCCACCACUAUCCAGUUGACGCCAUAUAUGGCUUACCGCGUAGCAAAGCUGUUGUUUUUUUCUGAUUCAACCGGAAGAUACUGAUAUGUGGCGCACACUCGGUGCAGCCAAUAGCAGAGGGUUUCUCUUCAAAUCAAGCAUCAUCAUGUACAUCCUAACCUGGUUCUUCAGUCAUCAGAUUCACCUUAUGCGGCGGCGACAAAUGCAAGCUUGCCCUGCAGUAACUGAAGCUUCAGCCCCCCCUGUGGAAAACAGGACAUUUUGUGCCAUGUAGAACUGUAGAUACUCGGGGGCAACAAAUAUGUUCCCUUUCAUUUUCUUUAAAGUUUUGGCGCCCCCCUUGAGGGGGGAACAGGUUGCAAAGAUGGAUAGAAAGAGGAGAGAAAAAGAGAUAGUUUAGACGUUCCGUUUUUACCCUGUGUGACCAUUCGAGGAUUGCUCGGGUGCUCGCUCUUGUAGUGUUAAUCUGUUUGGGUCUUGAUUUGCAACUGAAAGACCCCUUGCCUGAAGUAACAUCAGCUGCCUAGAAAUGGAUAGGCGUUGAAUUUUUGGAGUUACAGCUAAUACAUUCUGUUAGCGUUAUGUAUCUUUCACAUGGAAAGAAAUUUUGCUUCCUU